GAUCUCUAUUAACCCUUUUUCUGUAGGGCAUCUAGAUGAGCAUUCCCGCAAGAGAUGCUUUGCUUAAGCUCUCUAGCAAUGCAAGUUCGACCCGGGAUGCAUCUGCGCCACAAGAGUUGACUGACCAAAAGAAGCAAGAGCUCAAGACAGACCAAGACCUCAUGAGCAUGAAGCGGGAGUGUAAAGCUUUCUGUGACAGCCUGAUUGCAGAAUACCAUCAAUUGCACAGGGCUAGAGGCACAGAGCUCUAUAAUAAAUUUCAGAACAUUAUCACGAAGUAUGGCAUCCUGGAAGCAGAUAUCUAUAACUUUGAUGAAACUGGGUUUCAGAUGGGAGUGAUUUCGACUAUAAUGGUUAUAACAAGCUCCAAACAACAAGGCAAAGCAAAAAAGAAACAGCCAAGCAAAUUGUCGACAUAACUCUAAUGUAGCGCAUUGGACAUUUUAUUGUAUUAUAAUGAUGGUGGGCUUACAGUAUGUGUGUGUAUGUGUAUUCAUUUACCCCGACCCCUCGCCAAAGCGAUAUGCAGGCUACCAUAACUAUAUAUGUCCUUGUACCUCUUAAUUGGAAAAGGGUUGGAGUAAAUGAAUACAUACAUGCAUACAAUAUGUCUUGGAUUUUCUCGGGCUGAUUGGUGGUUCAAUUAUGAACUUCGU